UAGAGGAUGCUUAAAUAGCAGGCAUGCUUUCUCUAGUCAGCCAGCAGCUGAUCCAGCUUCCACUCACCAUGAAGGCUCUCCUGACUCUGGGGCUCCUCCUGCUUUCUGCUACUGUCCAGGCCAAGGUCUAUGAACGCUGUGAACUAGCCAGCCAUUUGAGAGCGCGUAAAUUACAUGGUUACUUUGGGGUCAGCCUGCCAAGCUGGGUAUGUAUAGCUUAUUAUGAGAGCAAUUAUAACACAAGUGCUAUAAACUACAACCCUGUAACCAAAAGCAGGAACUAUGGGAUAUUCCAAAUCAGCAGCCGAUACUGGUGUAAUGACGGGAGAACCCCAAGGGGAUUGAAUAUUUGUAGAAUGCCAUGCCGCGAUCUGCUGCGGGAUGACAUCACUGAAGCCAUAAAAUGUGUGAAGAAGAUUGUGAGGAAUAUCCAAGCUAUUCCAGCAUGGGCGUCAUUGAAGGCACACUGUGAAAACCGAGAUCUGUCCCAUUACACUCAGAACUGUGGCUUCUAA